CUGCCAGUGGUGCCUCGGGGAGCGUCAGGGAUGAAGCACAGUGUAAGAGGACAACUACCCAGUGAGGAUAGAAGGCGAAGGAGUAUCUGGCAGGAGACGCGCACCCAGUUAACAUCGCAGGAAAAUGGUGGAACAGGAACAGCAGCAUCCAACAGCCUAGGAGUUCAACGUGUUGAUUUUAUAGCCAAUGUUGGUGUGGAAAAAAUAAACAGUGAUUAGAAAAUACAACUUGAUUACGUUGACGCCAGUCCCAUGUGUUAAUUAAAAAUUCACAACAUACAAACAACGUUCCUCGGAGGCCAAAAGCGUAGUAUGAAGUGUCAAGUUUGAAGGCUAGUUGUGAAGUACACCUGAACUUUUCAAUGCGAUCUCAGUGAAGUCUUCAAGUAUAAGGUUGAUCAGAAACUUGUAGCAAGUAACGUGAGACUCAUUAUAAGAAGCUUCAUUCUGUGUCACUAGAUCCGGCAAAUUACUUGGAUGUGGAGUACAGCGGCAGUUGUUGCAGUAUUAAAACUCACCGCUAGGCCACAAGGGCCCCUCACCAGCCGAACUAGGCAAGGAAGUGUUCGAGUCAGUGCCGAGACUUGGAAGUUUCUGAGCCAGUACUAAGCUAAGGAGUGCCGGAGCUAGUAUUAAGCAAGUUGUCAGGGCCAGUGCUUGGCUAAAAGGUGUCCGGUGUGAUGCUGCCGUCACCACAACUCCAUCACUGGCCGCCUCUGCGUCAUCACAUGGACAUAACUUGCUCCUCUAGUUGAUGUUUGUAGACCAAACUUGUGUGUACCCUCUCCCCUCCUCCUUGUGCCGCACUGUUUUAUUAUUAUUAUUAUUUGCGUGAAGCGUUUGCCUCAAGUUUUACCAUCCAUCCCAUGCAUUCACUUGUCAGUACUUUUAUUACGUGUUCACAUAAUCAACUCGAUAUCUUAACACGCAGACAAUCAGUCGUAACAGUCCUGAGUGAACCAUCAACAACACGUACAUAUCAAAAUCGCCAUGACCAGCCAAGACACGGCGUACACCUGUGUCACUCCUUCACUGACCCGUCCUAAUGUACACUAACCACCUGAACGAUUAUAUUAAUGUCGAAUAUUUUCAUCCACUGUCCCGUUACUUUAUCGCGCCAAAAUAGUUGUUUUCGAUACACCCUGUGCUGCAGUAAAUUUAAAUCGCACAUUUUAAUUUGACAUUUAGUGAUACCGUCACAACCUCGCAUCCGAAUUGCCCUUCAAACUUCUCGUACAUUUUGCUUUCACUUUAUAAUAUCUGUGAAUUGCAGUGUUAUACUCUUCCUUAAAUGCCGUCCUCUCGUGCAGUACCUGUUAUUGUACGUUAAAUCCCACCUCCUCAUUCAAAUAAAAUAAUUCGGACCUCUCUUCCGAAUUUCCGUUGUCUUCUUGUGUAUAGUUGCCCAUUGAGCUCUGAGCGAGAAUUCCUAAGAAGCAUCUGCGUGAAUUGCAAUUUGUGGGCGUGUAGUUUCCGCUGUACCGGUGUCCUUGUUCAAGACGAGCACCACCAGGAACGUCAGUGUACAGAUCGGCAACAGUAGGUGAGUCGAGCACGUGCACCAGGAACGGCAGCAGUAGGUGAGCCGAGCAACAAAACAAUAGUAGCAGCAAAAGCAGCAUAGCAGUAGCAGUAGUACCAAUACUUGGAGCAGCAACAGUAGCAAUAGAAGGAGCAGCAACAGUAGCAAUAGAAGGAGCAGCAGCAGAAGUAGCACCAAUAGAAGCAGUACCAAUAGCAGCAGCGGUGGCGAGGAGGAGCAGCAGUACUAUUUGGAGUAAACACUAUCGACUGGUAGGGGCAGCAGUAGGAAGAACAGCAUCACUAGUAACAGCAGCAGCAACAGCAGCAGCAACACUGGCAACAGCAGGAGCAGCAGCACUAGCUACAGCAGGAGCAGCAGCACUAGCUACAGCAGGAGCAGCAGCACUAGCUACAGCAAGAAUAACUGCAAUAGAAACAGCAGCAGCAAUAUUAAAGGAAGAGUAGCAACACUAGCAAGGGCAGCCGUAACAGUGGCAGCAUCAGACGUAGCAUUAACGUUAGGAGGAGGUGGUGGUAGAAAACGAGCGAAGGUGAUGGUGCGGGAGGUGUCAGCGCGGGUGGUCCUGCUUGUGCUAGCCGUGCCCUCACUGGUGUGUUACCUGCUGCUCGUGGACAACAACACUGAUCACUACCACCCACUAACCACAGAGUACGGAUCACAAUCUCCUCCCACGGUUGGUGGUACGCAUCACUGUAACCUCAAUUUUGUUGUUGUGAGCGACCCUCCUGUAGAAGACCCGGAGGACCUGUGGUGGGCCGACUGGAACGAAGUUCACAGGAGCAGACGAGCAGCUGUACACCACAACUGUCUCCACGCUAGAAAAGGCAAUGUUGUGAGCUUCUCUAGGCUUUUGAGUUCUCGGAAAUACCUCUACAACCUGCUGUUGGAUGAGAGGCACAAAGCUAUCUAUUGUUAUGUUCCAAAGGUUGCUUGCACAAACUGGAAGCGAAUGAUGAUGAUUUUGUCUGGACGCACAAACAAGGUCGACCCACUCAACAUUAGCUCUCAUGUUCCCCACGAGGAGGGUGUCCUAACCAGGCUGUCAGUGGCGCGCAUCAAGUCUUCACUUUUGAAUUAUAAACUACGAACGUAUACAAAGUUCCUCAUCGUACGACAUCCAAUGGAGCGUCUAGUAUCUGCUUACAGAAACAAAUUGGUUAUAAACUCCACAUCUGCUGCAGACUUCAAGAAAAGGUUUGGUGUCACCAUAAUGAAGAAAUAUCGCAAGGGAUCAAGUGCUCAAAAAAUUCCCAAAAAUGGUCAUGGUGUAACAUUUGCAGAAUUUGUCUCAUACAUUGUAGAGAGAAAACAGGAAAGUCAUCAAAGUCUUAAUGAACACUGGGCAUCAUAUGUUGAUCUCUGUCAUCCCUGCACUAUCAGAUAUAACAUCAUUGGUAAAUAUGAGACAUUAGAGGAAGAUUCUGAAUACAUCCUAAGGAAGAUCGGUGCUCCCCCUGAUUUACACUUCCCACCUGUAGUGCCAUCACGUACAGCAUCAUUGGUGGCUGACUACAUGGCUUCUCUCUCCCCAGAACUCGGCCAGAAACUCUAUGACCUAUAUAGGCUUGAUUUCAAGCUCUUUGAAUAUGAUUAUUCAAACAUUUAGCAUAAGAUUCCUAAGUAAGAUUUUCCCUGCUGUUAAUGAGAUCAUGAUAUUUCCUGUAGAAAAAAAAGACUGCUGUUAAGACAGAAACAAUGGAAUUAUACUAUGGUCCCAACUUUGUUAUUGUUGAUACUGUUAUUGGUUGUGACUGAUUUGUUAAAUAAUGAAGCCAUACUCACACUUCAUUAAGGUAAGAAAAUGAUAAGAAUAUUUUGCUUAUACAGUUUAUACAUUUGCUACAUUUCUAGACCAUGAUCUCAUUGCCUUAUGCUGAUAUUUUGCCAGGUUUUGAUUUUUAUGGUCAUCAUUUUUCCCAGGGCUUUUGAGUUAUGAAAGCAAAGUUGCUGGUAACAUCAUCUUGGUCCUUAUUGUAAUGAAUGAUAUCUUUGGGUAACUGCAAACAAACUAAUGACUGUAAACCAAAAUCUUAGAUGAACAUAAUUUUUAUUUACUGUACAUGACAUUCAUUUCUUCUCAUCAGGUAAAUUUCACUGUUAAAUGGUAUAACACUCUCAGUACUUAACCAUUGGAGACUGAUGACAAUACAGUACUGUACCUACCCUCAACAAAUAUGUGGAGAGGUGUGUGAGAUUGAAUGCUAAGUCAUAUACCAGCAGGCACACAUUGUUCCAAUUGUGGUAUUAAUUAGAAUUAUUUUAUGGGUAAACAUUUUACAGUACAUAUACUGUACAGUAAUAGUUAUUCAUCAUAAAUCUAACAAAGUUAAAUCUUCGUUAAAAUGUAGUACAGUAUUCAUUCAUUUGUAGAACCCGUCAUCAAUGUCCUCACAUUGGACCUUGUGUGAAUGUUGAGAUAGAAAUAUUAAAUUAUUUGUAAGUAAGAAUAUACUGUUUAGUCAUGCUGUAAGUAUUGUGAUUUUGCAGUGAUGAGUAAGCUUAUUAAUGUGCAUCAAGGUUAUACACUUGAAUUUUUUAAAUAAACAAAGAAAUUUAGUAGAUAUAAGUAUCAUGCAGUUCUGAAUACAAUAUUGCAUGGAAAUUUGCUUAUUAUCAUAGUAAAGCAAUGCCACUUAUAUCUAACUGAAGAGGGCUGUAUUUGUAGCAGCAAAAAUUAAAAUUAAUUACAUAGUCUAAACAAUAACUUCCGUAACCAGAGAGAUUACAGUACCUUAUAAUAUAUUGCCCGAGGCUCCACUGGUAUAGUACGUCUGAGCAGCAGCUCACUUAUUAACUACAUCUUGAUACACUGACACCAGAUGAUGUUUGUCUCCUGCUGGACACUAAGAACACAGUUUAUGCCUCAACAAACUUUUGAAAGAACUCCAGGAUCAGUCUAGAGUAAGUAAAAAAAAAAUUAUUUGAGCAUACACAGUAUCAUGUAGAUUGUUAUUUUCUUGGAAACAAAUGGACUGGCAGACAGAAUUACAGUCAACUCAGACACUAAUUAGAACUGAAAUCGCCACACAUCUUAAAUAAAAUAUGAAACCCUUUGUGAAAAUCUCAACACAUAAAUGCAAUCUUCAAGGUAACAAGAGUCACAAAAACAAUAUUUAUGCAGAUGGAAUCCUUGAGAAGGAGGAAAUUUUCAAGCAAUAAUGAGGUUUUAAACCUUUGGAUAUGCAAAUUGAACCAAUGUUAAAACCUAAUGCUGAAUUGGUAUUAACAUUUUAUUAAAUGUUCAUUGUAGUUUCAACAUUGAUACCUGAUCCUCAUUCAGUAUUGUUUCAAUGGGUUUUGCCAGCUGGAAUGCUUACCGAGUGUACUGUACUUAGUGAAUAUUUAGCCUAUAGUUCUUAAAUUUGCAUCUCUUAUCAACUUCUUGAGAUGGGCUUCAUGUAUUGUCAGUUCAUUACCUGAAAACCCUGCAAUAAAGUGCAUCUGCAGUUUCCUCCCAUACAUUAUUUUAUGUGUGAUAGUAUGGCAAAUACAGUACUGUACAGGUACAGGUACUUGAUAAAUGGGAAAUGUAUGUAAUUGAGCAGGUAACUGGAAUAGGAACCCGGUAUGAAAAUAGUGUUUUUAAGACUUGCUCUUGCAGUUAGUCAGAAUGAUCAAGCUGUAAUUAAGCUGACAUUUGUUUACCCAUGGUGGUACAAAACACACAUACGGGUUCACAGCAUUUGUACUAUUUUAUAAAUUUGUUCUUGUAUUGUAAUGUGGCUUUCUUGUGUAUCCCUAAAUUUUACCUGCUUGUUCUACCUCUGACUAGCAUGCUAGUAAUUAUUGUUGCAUGCAUUAUUUAGUAUUGUCCUGUGUAAAAGGUCAUUUGUUAAAUGGCAUGGUAACAUUGUAGUCUUUCAUUUUCAGAAGCUGCAUUAUUUAUGAAAUUUAUUUGAUUUGGACUAAGAGCAUGUACGUAACCCCGAAAGCUUUCAACAGAUGCUCUUGGAGAAUUACAUUACAUUGCAGCAUUUCACUAGAAUAUACAUUCAGAUUGUUGUAAGCUCAAUUUUGCUGUAAUUUUGUGAAAUACCGAAGUGUUGCUUGAUUAUUCAAUACACUUUGAGAAGGACCUUUAUUCAUGGUCAAAUAUAUACAGUACGUUAUUGAAUGCAGAUGAAAAGCUAGCAUUGGUUACUCUUGCGCCCUCAUCCAUAAUAUUUCCAGAAUUGAUUAGUUAUAGUAUGCCGUUGACAGCAUUGUUGUUACUGUGUAAAUCUGUGAUAUUGGUGUGUCUAGCAGGCAACAGUUUUUUCAUGUGUAGUCCAUCUCAUACAAAUUACUAUACAGUACUAACCUUGAGACUUGUAAAAUUGUCAGCUCUGUAUAAGAACUUGACUCAUCCAUGGUCAGAAUUUUUCCCCUUUCCUUUAAGAUAAAUCAACACAUGUGAAAGACUUAUUGGUUGAAUGAAUUAAACAAGCUGAAAGAAUGAAUAAUGGGGUACAGUAUAGAAUAAAUCCGAGUUCUUAUAUUGUACACUAUUCAGUCAAAUAAGUCUCUGUAAUGAAACAAUUACUAUACUAUAUCUAACCUUAAGUUCUGAGACUUGAAAAUUUAUAUACUGUACUGUACAGAUUUAUGCACUUUCUGAUGGUUAACAGUUGUUGUCUUCCACUGUCUCAGAAUGGAGGAGUUAGUUUUCUUUUGGCACAUUAUCCUUUCCACCUAGACUGCAUACCCAUGUCUGCCUCAUUAGGUUUCUGGACAUUUGCGAUUGUACUGGUUCUGCUUCUUGUACCAAUUUCAUACUGUGCAAACUCCUUUAUAAACUCAAUAAUUUUCUGAGUUCGAAUUUGGGACUAAGGUGUCAAAAUUCAAUUUGUAAAAUUUUUGGGCAUUUGCAGGUGUAAUUGUUCUUAUGUCAGUUUCUGAAUUAAAAACUGUUGAAAGCAGCUGCGUCUUUCAAAGGCUUCUGAGCAUUUACUCAAUAUAUACUGUAUUGUGCCCCUCCUACUAUUUAUGUGCUUUAAUUGAUAUUAUUGGUUCAAUACUAGUACAGUAUAGUCCUGUAGAAAAUUAGACAACAUGGCAGCCUUUAAUGAAUAUCCAUGAAGAACUAAGAUACUGUACUGUUUACUUAUAUCAAAGUGUUCUCAAGAUUCAAGGCAGCAUUCUGUACUGUAUUGGAGACACUUGUUUUGCUAACUUACAACUUGCUACAUUAGGGUAUAUUUGGCUGUAUUGGCCCCUCUUAUGUUCUAUCAUUCUUGUCACUAUUUCUCAUUUUUCCUUUUGUAUCCAAUCAUUUUUUCUCUAAUCUACUUUUCUAUUUGUUAGUUUUCUAGUAAUGUAUCUCAUCUUUUAUUUUCUGUCUCUUUCUCUUUUCUCUCUCUCUUUUAAGAAGCUAAUUACUAACCCACAUUUUACAUCAAUUUUGAAUUGUUGGAAGAUGAAGGAGGGCUGCUUACUGGAUAGCUUUAUGCUAUGGAAGAUAAUUACAGGAGGCAUAAGAACAACACCCAAAAAUUAAUUGAUAUUGGUACAGUACGCACAGUAAAAAUGAAAAUUGGCUUUUUUUCCACCAAUGAUUUUUUUUCUAUGAUUGUCACAAUCUGAGACUUGUUUCCUGUUAAACAGCUGUUCCAUGUCUGAUGAUAGUUCAAUAGGUUAGGUGUUUCUACCAGAGAAAAUACUUGCAAACAAUGCAUAAAUAAUUGAACCUAUUGUCCAGAUAUUCCAGUUCUUUUGAUGUGUACUACUGUAAUUCAAUUACAUUUGUUACACUUAAUAUUCUUACGAUGCUUUAGGUGAUAAGAACUGUAGUAUCCUACAUUUAUUUAGUGUAAAGAUUUAACUGCAAUAUGUUUUAAUUUUUUAUAUACAGUGUACUACGUAUACUGUACUGCUGUGUAAUGCAUCUGGGUUUGGUAAAUUCUUUAAAAGUCCAAAGUCUUUAAAAUCUUGAAUAUUUUAGCCCAUUUAAUGAUAUUGUUUCCUACUUUUGUUGAAUUUUCCAUAAUAUUUUGCUUUUGCAUUGUGGGUAGUUAGAUAUACAAGACCUUUUAAAUUAAUUCGUGUCUUUCUUAGAGUUUCCUCUUUUUGUAUUUGGUUUUAUCUUGGGGAGGAAUAUUAUUACUGUACUGUACUAUGCUUUUGGGAGUUAUGGCCACUAUUCUUUUUCUGUUGGAUGCACAUCCAACUUUGUGCUUAGAAUGACUAAAAGAGUAACAGGUGUUGAUCAAGUUUGAUGUGCAAGCAUAACCCAACAAAAUCUCAGAACAGCUUAAUGAUCAAACCUGCUUUGUUGUCUUUGGUCACCAGUCAUAUUAACAAAGGACUUACCAUACAGUAGGUCUAAUAAAAGAAAAAAAAUUACUUGAGCAAGUUUAUUCCCAAAAUCUAUUACACAAAUCAGUUUUUUUCUGUGCAAUGAUAUCAUUUAAAUACUGUAUUUGAAAUUAGAGAAAGAGCUCAUAGAGUUGAAUAUUGACAUAAUUAAAGAAGGGAAUAUAGACUACUACAUUAAUACUGUAUAGUUUUAGGAUCUAGUUUCCAAAACUUAAAAUAGAAAAUCAUUUUCCUUUUGUCAUAACUCCUGGAAUACUUAAAAGUCAAUAUACUGUACGUACCGUAAUAUGUACUAUUGGCUAUGUCCUCAGUAUUUCUCAAUCAGUAUCCUAUAUUUUACAUGUUAAAUUGUAUUUGCCUUGCUGGUGAUGACUGAACAUUAUUCUCCUAUACUGUACAGUUUAUUCAAUAACAACUUCUUUUGUAAAUUUAGGUGAAAGAGUUUAUAAAAAUAUUAUAUCUGUAUUUUCAGAUAAAAAAAAAUAGGGGUUCAAUUUACAGUACCUUUCGGUUUGGAAGUCUUUUUUCGUGAUGUUAACUGCAGAAGCAUCACUGCCUAAGUCUCAGCAUUUUGGAGAUUAUUUAAUCCAUCAUCCAGCAUGUGCCAGGAUUUUGUUCCCCCUAGUGAAAAUUUAAGAGAUUCAUAGGUAAAUUGUGUAUUAUCCAUGUUGUGUAUUAUCCAUGAGACAUCUGGUUCAGUGUAUGAUUAUUGUUAAAGAUUGCCAUCAAUGUUUUGCAUUCAUUGUUUCUUUUAAGUCUAGCAAAUUGUUUUUUUCUGUGCUUGUUAACAUUUGCAUGUUUUAAUACCGGGUAGAUAAAAAAAAAAUCAAGAACAUUUAAAAUGGCAGAAGAGCAAUGCGUAAAUUUACAAGUCUCUGUUAACCAAGGUGGCAAAGAGACCCAAAAGUGUAGACAGUGUUUGAAAAUAAAACAAUCCAAAUUUGUGGCCCAACCAAGGUAGUGGUGGAGUGGAAUAUAAGGAAGAUAAUCAGAUUAGUCAUACAUUUGGUGAAACAAGCACAUAAUUAUUCAAACUUAUUUUAUGAAAAAAAUUAUAUGAAUAGCAUUUGAAAGUCAUUCAAGCCUGUCUUCAUUAUUAAAUUAUCUGUUUAAGAGUGUUCUUCCAUCAUGUACUGUCUCACUGAGAAAGAAUCGAAUGAGCCAAUGUUUCUUCAUAUGUGUUAUCCUAAUUUGUUUUCUUAAAAAGUAUCAUUCACUGGUUUUAUGUGUGUAUAUUUUUUUCGCUUGUGCAAACCUUUUUGUGCUAUGAUGCAUAUUGGCUAUUAAUAUUUCCCUAACAAAGCAAUACCCUCUGUACCUGGUGAAGCACAUAUCAAGGUUUAUCUUCCUCCAUUGACCCCAGGGCAGCACUUACAUGCCCUGACCACUUGAUAUUGUUUUGUUCUGCACACUUAUAGCAUGCACAAUAUUUAAAAUGUAUAUUGUUUGUAUGUAUGCUCUAUUACUACAGUACUGUAUAUUAUACUAGUGUAAUUAUUAUUCUCUAAAUUCACUACUUGUUAUAAUUAUAAAUCUUGGUUUAAGAAGUUUCAUCUUCGUUGGUUUAAAAAAUCUUCAGAAUAACUGUUUGCUUACAUUGUUCAAACCUUUAAUACAUAUUUGUCUCAGAUCUUUGACAAGAAAUGAUCUAAUAAUCUUGUGGUGACAGAUGUGCACCAUGUAUAUAAAGAGGGUAUAACAGAGUUGUAGGCUUAUUUCUAGGUAAAACAUAAGCAGCUUAAAUACAAAGUGAAUUAUAGCCAUUAUCUACAAUAUACGUACAAUACUUUGUUUUGUGUAGAAGAAAACUGAAAAUCUAUUAACUAUUCCCUUAUUUAAUUUAUGAUAAUCUUAUCAAAGGUUGCUGCAUGCAAACUAUAUUCAUGUAGGAUUAGACAAUGAACAUGGUAGCAUAUUACUAUAGCAUGGGCAAACUAGUGACCUGCAUUCUUGCUUACACCAGUGUGACUUUCAUUAUGUCAACAUAUCAUGUGUGAAAAAGGAAGCUGGUUGUAAAAUUGAUUAUGGUUUGGGAUCACAGGUGGGUUUGACUGAGAGUCUCUUAACCUUUGAUAUGGUCACCUGUUAAUGCUGGGUGGCCGGUAUCCUUUAAUGUGGUGGUGGAGCUCACAUUUACACAUGCUAUAAUGGUAGAGAAUGCAGAAUGGCUUGUAGUUUGUAAUGCAGUUACAGAGUACAGAUUUUGUACUUUAGUGUGGAGAGCAAGUAAAUUUUAAUUCUGAAUGGUUAAGGAGCAUGCAAUUAGCACAUCAUAAUACCGAAAGAAAAUUAUUACCUAAUAAUGAUGGAUGUGAUUUAUAAAUACAUACAAAGUAAACCAUCACAAUAUGGGGAAAGUUUAGAUUGAUCGUGGCUGUGCGUCACACAUUACCACAAUAUAACAUGGCAUACCAAGCGACUGGUAACGUUGAAUGUGGUUGUGUAACAGAUAAUACUGAAAUGUGAUUGUGUAGGAAAUGAGCAUAUCAAUACUGUACUGUAUGUGAGGCAUAUGGUAGGUGAGACUCUGGGCCUCCUGAGUUUGCCUGUCCUUGCACAUCAAGACCUGUCUGUGAUAACUGUGUGCUCACCUUAAAACACCAAAUGUUAUGAUACAAUGUGAUGUUAUGAAAUAAUUCAUAAUUUACAAUAUAUAAUAUUCAGUGAAGAACAGUGUCUUAGGUGUCAUGUACUUACAUGAACCCCUCUAUAUUAUAAAUGAAAAACCUAUGUGUGGUGUAUAUUUUGGUGAUGUGUGUUAAUUUGUUAUUUAUGACAAUAAGAUUGUGCCAUCAAUUGUACCUUUGGAGGAUUGGAGUGUACAGACCUGAGACAUCCAGUACACAUAACAAUGCACUGGAUUUCAUGUCAGUGACAAUGUUCUAUGGUGAAGGAGAAAGAUGCCUACUUCACUCUCUUGGAUUUUCACACCUAGUGUUUUCCAGCUCACUAAUAGUUGAUACAGCUGUUAUUCCUUAUUUGUAAGCAUUCCACAGCUUUCAAGUCUAAAGCCUUCUUACCUGUAGUUUGCAGGAUCAGCUGUGAAUCCUCUCAACUCUUCCUCAGUAUAUUCAACCUCCUCACUAUAGCAAUAAUAGGCACAUUCCUAUUGUCCUCACUUGUAUUACUCAAGCAGUAAUACUGUACAAUGAACAACUGUAGUAUUUUUAAAAGUUUUGCUGAAAGCUGAGGUUGAAAAUAUAGCUUAAUAUAAUUAUAAGUUUUGAUACAAGCCAUUGCACAAGAUUACAUUCGGUUGUUAUCCCAUAAUAUACAUGAAUUACAAUAAUGAGUGCUCUCAACUUGUGCUUUGCUUUUGUCAAAAUGUUAUCUUUGUGUCAGUUUUUUUUCUAUAUUGGAAUAAUAAAGAGAAUCUUACCUA